AUGUCCUGUGUGCGUCAGCAACAACAAUACCAGGACACGUGCCUGACGCCCAGCACUGAGGUCAAAAAUCUUGGUGUGGUCUUCGACCAGCACCUGUCAUGGGACGCGCACGUGAGGGCUGUCUCGCGUAGAUGCUGCGGUAUCCUCGUAACACUAUCCCACCUCCGCCACUUCCUUCCUCCUGACACCCUUCCCGAGAUAGUCACCGCCCUGGCCGUCUCGCACAUCCGCUAUUGCCUCUCUGUUUACGGCAGCGGCAGCGCUGGCAACCUCGCAACCAUCCAGAAGCUGCUCAACUUUGCGGCUCGCGUGAUCGCGGGAAAACGAAAGUUUGACCGCGUGUCAGCUGUGCGAGACAGGCUGGGGUGGCUCGACUCGUCUCAACUCUUCCAAUACCAGUCCCUCUGCCUCCUUGACAAAGUCCUCUCCUCUAGCCAGCCCGAAUGCAUCGCCCGUCAGGUCUGCCUCAACCGGGACCAUCAUGGCCAUGUCCGGCACACCAGACAGGACGAUCUCCUGCACGUGCCACCCAUCCGUUCGGAGGCGGGCCGGCGACGGUUUGUAUACCGCUCGCCUCACCUCAUGAACGAUCUGCCCAUGUCGGUGCGGAACCAGCGAGGUCCGCGGUUCAGGCGAGCCCUGAAGGCCCACCUACUCUCGAGACGAGACACGUGAUGAACGCGUUU